UUUUUUCGUCGGAAAAAAGUAGCAAAAUCUAUUUUUUAAUCGCCGAUAAGAUGUUUUCGUCUUCUCAGAACCUCCGUGAGUUGAAGGAAAAUGAUUCGCGGCGGAAGAAACAACAUUACUUCCGCUCCGGCGUUUUCGAAAGACGCAAAGAAGCUUCUUUUAUGCACAGCCAACACCGUCUCUGUUUACAGCGUCGCCACUGGCUUAAAGAUUACAUCACUCCAGGAUCAUACAGCACCUGUCACGACUGUGUUUGUUGAUCCGUCGCACGACGAAACCUACAGUUACUGUUGGACUUCGUCGCUUGAUGGGAAAAUUCGGAUUUGGGAGUUCUCGGAGCCAAAGCUUUUGAAGACAUUUGAUACCCACCUUCCAAUUCACUCUCUGGACUAUUCAAGUGUGUCCAAAGAUUUGUUUGGACAAAUCCGGAGAUAUGAUCUCACUGAAGAGCCUCUUCCUAGUGGAGACAUUUUGAAAGAGAUGGAAGAACCAAAACCUAUUGUCUUAAGUCCCUCUGGAGAGUUUUUCGGCGUCUGUCAUAGUUGCAAUAUACAUAUAUGGAAUGCCUCUCUUGGGGCAUCAGAGCAUCUCAAGCCAAAGGAGACGACAUUACAUCACACAGAGUUGAUUACUGUUUUUGCUUUCCAUCCCAAUCAGAGAAUACUGGCAGCCGGUGAUGUAAAAGGGAGAGUGUUAAUUUGGAAGGAUAUUGGUAAUGGAGAACUUACUUCAGUGAAAAGUGAAGAUGAUCCUGAAUCUUGCACUGGUUUCAACUGGCACUCCGCUGAAGUAACCGUCCUUAAUUUCUCUUCAGAUGGAGCACUGUUGUAUUCUGGGGUAAAGGAAGGUGUUUUUGUUGUAUGGGAGCUAGAUACAAGGAAAAAGCAACUUUUGCCAAAGAUUGGAUCUCCGUUGUUGUAUUUCAUCUCCUCUUCAGAUCCAACUCUUUCUUCUGUAAGUCAGAGUUUUUCCGCUUACAAUCUAGAUAAUCAGAUUCAUCUUUUAAAAAUGCCUUCCAUGGAGAUACUGAGAACGAUAUCUGGAAUCAAGCCUCGGAGAUCAGAGCGUCACGGGUUUAUAUGCUACGUUAAAACGAGGGAUAUAUGCCUCACCAGAACUGUGUCCAUUGAUCGUUCUUCCGGUAUAGCUGCUUUCUGCACAGCGAAUCAUCGUGUUCAACUCUACAACCUUUUAAGUGACCAUGAAAUUUCAGAGGUUCAAAUUUGCGAGAGAAAUCAUCAUCCAGACGGUGAUGAAGUCCGGGUUCUCGUGACUGCGGUUGCUCUCUCUCGGAAUGGCUCAGUGAUGACUACAGCUGAUACCAGAUUUGCUGCAAGCAAUUUUAGUGAAGGCUUAGUUUCUCUCAAGUUUUGGGUGUUUGUACCGGACAGCAAAACUUUCAGCUUAUCGACAGUCAUAAAUCAACCUCACAGGGAAGCUGCUAUCACAGCCAUUGCCCUUAACCCCGCCCGUUCCAUGGCUGUUAGUAUAUCUUCUGCUGGGGACUUCAAGAUUUGGGUUUGCAAUAGCGACAAGAAUCUGACACCUGAGGAUUUAAACUGGAUAUGUCAUGGAGAUGGCUCUUAUAAGAGAACGCCAAUAACAGCUGCUGUUUUUUCCGGGGAUGGUUCUUGUCUGGCUAUUGCGGCUAAAACAGUUAUUACGAUCUGGCACCCGUUAAAGAACGAACUCUUGUAUGUAGUUGGAAAGGCAAAUGCGCCAAUUAUGGAACUCUCAUUCACUGGAGGAGGCUUCCUUAUUGCUGCAUCCCAUGGUUCCACACCGCACUUAUCUGUCUGGGAUUUGAUGACGUUCUGCUUAUCAUGGUCAUAUAGAUUAUACAUAGAAGCCAUUGCCACUGAAGUGGACUCACCAUACUUUGCAGUUUUAACAUGGCUUCCAGAAUCUGAUAGGUUGGUAAAAUCUAACGAACAGAUGUUCCGCGGGAAAGAUGGUGCUAUCCUCUUGUUUGAUGGGUCAGGCCCUAAACCAGUAGCUAUUUGGACUGUAAUGAAGGCCAGGGGAGGAACGCUUUCAUUUGUGGAAGAUGGUAAAAAGUCUCAGCCACUUCUCGCAUAUGUAAACAGGAGCCAUGAAUAUGUUCUUUUUGAUCCUUAUGGCGAUGAAAAACUCGAGACUAGCGCCAUAGAUUAUGAAGUUUUUCUUGCAGCAAUAAGCAAGAAGACGAAGAGAUCUAGGAAGAAAGCAUUGAUGUCAGAGAAACCUUGGGAAACAAACUUUUGUGGAUCAACGCUCAAUUUCCCGCCUUUCCCGGACGUGUGCGCUGCUUUCUUCAGUUCCCGGAUGCAGAAAAAGAAAAAAAUGGAUGACAGGGAACUAUGGCUUGGAGAUUUCAGAACUUGGGUCCGCAACAGCGGUGGUUUUCUCCUAGUUAUGGGGUUGGUACCACUUUUUUGCAGUUCGGCAAGCCUUUAUGUGAUGUUCGUUCGAGACGCCAAUAAAUUACCAACGUGGUUGAAUAUACUGCUCUAUGUCAUAUACAUUGGUGUCAUCAUCUACGGAAUCGUCUAUUCCGUUUACGUUUACAAUGGUUACAGAAACGUGUUAGUUGAUCACUUGGUGCCUCGAGAAUACCCGAACUGUGCUUGCAUCGUCAGGGGUUUCGGCAAAGCUUUGGUUUUAGGGUUCUUCGUUCUGGCUGAUUCCACUCUCGAGAAGAAAAACAAGGUUUGGGUUAUCGUGUUCUGCCUUUCCUCUGUGCUCCAUGUCAUACAUAUGAUGGUGGUGUUUGGAUUUAGAGAAGAAUUUGACGUAGCCGGUGGCUUGAUCCAAGCCUUCUUCGUCAUGUUUUGUGACAUCAGCAAGCCAAAAGGGAAGAAGUACAAUCCUCUGGUCCUGGUUACGACAGCUAUUACUCUGGUCCUGGUUACGAUAGUCUUGAACUGUUACAAGACUCUGCUCCUUGAAGGUGUUGCCGUCAGAAGGGAGGAGCUGCCAGUGGUAGUUGAAGGAUCUUCCGCCUCCUGGCUUCUCUAUUGUUCGACGACAUUGCCUCACCGGAAUUUUUCUUGUCUUCUGAGCGAAGAAAGGAGGAAAACCAAUUCUCGAUGGGGAAAUAUCGUCAGCUGUGGACAGGUACAAAGUGGUUCUUCCCUUGACAUUGCUGCACCAAAUGGUCUAAUUUUGGCAAGGGAAGGACUGUUCCUUCUCAGGCUCAAGAUAAGAGCCAUUCACCGGAUCCAAGAUUGCUAUGACAUGAGAGAGGAACUCAUCUUAGUGCGGAAACAGUUCGGCUGCUAUGAUAUCGAAGUGACAAAGACAACUCUUGCUGGAGCAAACAAAACAGAGGCGGUAGCUCCCGCAGUGGCAGCCGGAAUCGGGACUCAGAAAAAUUCCUCAGAACCACACAAAGUUAACCUAUCCAUCUCCACAAGUACCUCUACCUCAAACCAAAGAUUUCUAACAGUAAAGCUCUAGUCUUUCAGAUUUGUGUUCAUAUUACUUUUUCCACUUUUGUAAAUUUGUAGUUUUCUUCUUCAAGCCCCAUUCAAAACAUAAAAGCCAAUUUCUUUU